GCAGAGCCUGUCAAAUUUUCCAUUCGAACUGAGCGACUCUCUCAAGUUCUAUCAGAAAGCGCUGUGAUACCUCUGUGAAUAAGUAUUCGUUUCUGUAAAGAAAAUCGUUAUCUUCAACGGACAAACGAGGAUUUAUUGAAGAAUUCUCGUAAAACUAUGAGGGUUUUCUGUUGUCCCGCAUUUACGUAUGUUGUAUCCUUCAUUAUACUCAGCCAUAUUGAAGUAGUGGCAAGUAACAACGCCACUAAUGUAUCCGGUAAGUAUAUUUUUAGUUCAACAUCGCCAGGUAUUUUCAUAGCAUUUCAUCCACUGACCAUUGCAAAAUUUCGUGUAAUUUUCGCUGGAACGCUAAGCGUCGAAAUACGACGAAUUAAACGCCGCUUUAAAUGGGUAUACAUUUUUAUUAUUCGCGAGCAAGAAUGUUAAUUACAAACCUUGUAUUUAUCGAUAGUGGUUUAAGCAACGAUUUCCCGAUUUCAGGAGGUUUCCUGCGAUAAAAAUGCAUCCAAUUUUUGGAAAGAAUCCCACUGGAUACAAUUCUCGAAAUGAUUUUCAGCUUUGUUCAUUAAACGGGUAUAACUUAUUGCCCAAAGCGCAGCCAAUGUUUAUUUUCGCUUUGGUGGUACAUGACUUUAAGAAAAGUCACCGUUGAAUUUUUGCGUUCUUUUAAAACGUUUUGGAAAAGUUCUUCAUCUAAGAAAUUUGGCAUUCGUUUAGGCGCUACACACUCAAAGGCUAACGUGCCAUUUUUCAGAAUCAGAGAACUUGCACAAAUCCGAAAUUUUUCUUGCUUUUAAUAAUUGAUAUUCGUAUGUCUUCUCCGAAGAUAGUGAAGACACACGAGAUAAUGAGAAUUUUUUAAUAUAUUUCUAUUAAACUUACCAACUUACUAGUUCCGUCCGUUUUUUAUUUCUCGGUAGUUUAGAAUGGUUCUGCAGGUUUGCCGAUUAGACUAAAAUUUAAAAGACAUUCUACACAAUGGUCAAAAUUACUUCUUUUCGUUUCUUAAAAGAGAGUCUCGAUGCGGUAAUGGCUUUUACGGCUAAAGCUUAAAAAUUUUGGCCACUUUACAGUAACGGUUGAUGUCUUUAAAUUGUGAUCACAUGAAAUAUUUUUACGGUUGAUUUUUGUACGACUGACGGACCCUCCUACAAUUUCAAAUACAUUUUUGACAAAUACUUGACAAAAUCUGGAAAACAAUCAACAAACAUAAGGAUAACAGUUCUUCAGGGGUAAAUAAAGUUCAUUUUUUUAUUUAAGUCUCCCUUUAAUAAACGGCAGAAACCGCGAGACUAUUUUUAGAUACAAAACCGUUUUUUUUAGAAGAUAGUCGAAGUAAUCCUGAAGAUAAAUAGGUUUUAGCUUAUCUUGCAUGAUUCAAAACAUUAUUAACAUAAAUAUGUAAAAUGGUGGGGAAGUUUUUCUGCGAAGACAUUCACUGGCUUCCUAAUUGCGUGGUUGUUAAUUACAGGAAGUUGUACGAUACUUUAAACCGCAAUAUUCUACAAGCCCUCACUUAUACACAAACGAAAAUGAUAAGUGUAUGUUUCAUAGAAAAAUCAAGCUUCACAAAAGUUUAAAGAGAAUGAAAAGAAAGUUGAUUUGUGUAGUAUAUUCUGGCAAUAUCCUUAUUAUGCUUUCCGCUACGAAUUGUUAAGGUAGCUGAAUUUUAUUUGGCCUUUUUUUUUUUUUUUUUUUUGCCAAGGACAGUCGUUUCAAAAUUCACCUGUAUGAAAACGGUUUUAAAAAGAACAAAACUGCAACGCACGAUUUAGCUAAUAAAAGAUCUAUUGAAUGAAAGAGAAAAAUGAUAAUCCAAAGAAAUACCACCGAUAUGUAACAGGGACACCCAAAUUUGUUCUCGCGAUUUAAAAUAUUGUAGUUUUAUGUUUUCAGAUAUCUGUUUGUGUCAAUUCACAUCGGAAAGAGGACUUUGACACUUAAAAUAGAGACAUAUGUAGGUUUUGAUGACACAGAGUAACAUGAUCUUGAAUUGGACUAUGUAGAGCGAUUGGAAUCUUAAGGAACGAGUAUGAGAGUGAAAUUUGCAAAGUUAAAUUAACAUUGUGUUUAAGAUUAUACAUCUUAUAGUAGGUUAUUUCACAUUUCCUGUUCUCAGGAUUCCUUGCAAUUUUCAUCUGUCCCUCUGGCACGUUUGUUUCUUUUUAUGUUGUUUUCUUCAUGAUCAUGGUGAUUUACAUUUUUUUUCAGUGACGUACGCCCGGUUGCCCAGCAAUCAUCCCUCUGCAUAAUCACCUUAGAAAAUAUACCAGUACUAGAAAUGUUUGAACAAAACCUGGAGUUAAUGACCUGAUUAAAUAUUCAUAAAGAGAUUGAAUUGGACCAAAAAAGGUUGCAGUUGGGGAAAAUCAACAGCUUGAAAAGUUUGCUUCUAAAUCUUCAAGACGAAGAAGUUGUGAAUAUCACGGUCACCUAUCGUUUUACAGAGAAGUGAUUGGUUAUAAAUUCUAUACGAUAACAAAUAUCUAUUUUUAUCAUUGCAGCACCCCAAGCUACAGGCUGCCAACAGCAAGUAGUUAACAAAUGUCCCAUGUCAUUAAAAAUCGACUGGUGGGAGAUUCCACCAUACAUUUACAAAGACUCAAAAAAAGAAGUAACUGGCAUCUUUCCAAAAAUUCUGGAGAAGCUUGUAAAAGAUUGUUGUGAUGGCGGCACAGAUAAACCAACCUGCGUGAAGCUCAAUUUUAGUGAAGUUCCCUCCAAUGACUCUGAGGUGGUUAAAAAGCAAAUCGAUAAGAACGGUACAUCUCCAUACAUCUUUUUACUUACUUUUUUAUUAUCAGUUUCUCUACUGCUUCAAUAUUUUUUCCUUUCAUCUGUGUUUUCCUAAUCUGCUUUUCUUUCUUGAUUAAAGGUCAAAUUAGUGUUUUAAUAACAAUCGAGUCACGAGUUUUCAAUUGAUUGUCGAAAGUAAUUCGGAAUUGCUCUGUUUUUGCCCUACUUCACUUUGGGAUUGGUCCACAGACUUGCGCCAUUUUCUUAACCAAUCAGAAGGGUCGCCUGCGUUUUCCCGCGCUUGAGGAAGUUUGGUUGUUUUUUCUUCCCUUCUCUAUGGCUCUUUAGGGUUUUUUUCCUUUCUUCUGAUUGGCUGUUGUGGUUACUUUGGGUUCGGUUUUACGACACUCAAUCGAAAAGCGUUCUUCCUCGAAUAUUGUGUUCUCUGAGAGGGAAAUCUAAGUGUCUAUGUUCUUUUUACGAGAAACUCAAAACAAGAAGAAUAGAGACUGAUCUUAAAAUGAUUUAAUAAUCUACCAAGCUUGUAAGUGAAAGAACAAAUAUCAUUCAAAAUAACAGGCACACUGAUCAGCAUGCCCGUAUAUGGAGACAUGAAAGACGUGACUUUUCAAAACCACCCAUAUUAUCCAGUCGUCGAGUCUCCUGGCGUUGUGUUCAUCGUCAAAAAGGAAGAUUCAUCCAAUGCUGCUCAGGCUGUCAUGGAGGCUGUGUUCCAGGGAUGGCCUGUCCUCCUCCUCACGCUGAUCAUGGCUGCGCUGUCUGGCAUAGUAGUUUGGGCACUGGUUAGUACACGAGGCUUUCUUUCUCAACUCUGAGUAUCAAUUCUCAGCACUGUGUGUCACAUAUUUCCUAUAGUUUUGGCUCAGAAAAUAUGAUGUUUGAUCAAAAAAUAACCAAGAGGUGAUAUUUUAUUUUCUCAAAUCAUUUUCCAAAAUGUAUCGAUAUGUGGGGAGAAAUUCUCUAAUGGUUGCUCUCGGGAGUGAAAACUCCGUAAUUGAGGAUUACGUUUAACCAAAUAAAAUUAUUCUUAUAAUAUCAUUAUCAUUAUUUGAGUCUCGUGAAUAACAUAACAAAAAUACAUAAUUUUUUUCGACAACAUUGCAUUAUCUGACAAUAAUAGAAUACUCACAGCAGUACAUUGCAGUACAUUAUAAUACUUCUUUACUGACACAACGCUAUUGCUAACAGUGUUACAUUCUUAACAGGUAAUUUUAAUUUACAUUAAAUAUAAAACUGCAAUGGUCAUGGAAUUUAUCACACGAACUUUCCUAAGAAGCACUCCAAGCUUCCAAGUUAUUAUUAUUAAUUCGUUUUUGGAGACAUAAUUAUCCCAUUUUCCCGACACACGGGUGGCUCGAAACCUUAACCCUCAUUUAAUCUCUAUUUUUCAACAAACUCCUCAUCAAGGUGUUUUCUUCUUCUUUUAGGACACUUACUGGAAUCCUGAAGAAUUCCCGCGCUCGUUCUUCAAAGGAACAUGGGAAGGUUUUUGGUGGGCAUUUGUAUCCAUGACAACUGUUGGGUGAGAACGUUGUUCGUUGCUUUAGCGUAUAUUUUUAACUUAAUGGUCGUAUAUAGUGAAAAGUUAUCAUUUAUCGUCGAGGGGGGAGACCUUAUCGUGGCAUAGCCAAAAUCCCCCAACCACCCCUCCCCCUCCCGUCCCGAGCAAAAAAUGAGGAGUGGUGCUUAAGUAGAUUCUGAUAAGAGCAACAUUAAAUUGAUAGAGUGGCAUUCCACACUGCCACAGAGCUUUCUGAGUAAAUGUCAUUUUAGAAAAAAUCCUAUAAAAGCCAAUCUGAACGAAAAUGCAAGCCAGCAGCCACAAGUGCAGCGGAAAGGAAGUGAACAUGCGGCCGUUGAUUUUGGUUCUGCGUCUCAUUGUUAAAGGGACUGGCACGAGUAUUCAAGCGAAAUUAUAAUUCUACAACCGUAGCAAAGCUUUGCGGUUACAACUAUGAUCCAUAACUCAACGGCAGAAAAAAACUGUGGAUCAAAACUUUGUUCAGCUUCAACAACAAAGUAAUUGAGAUCAAAGGAAUAAAAAUUGAAAACUAGAGGUUAAAUCACGCCUCUGUUUACCUUUCAGGUACGGUGACCGCGCGCCACGAUCAGUGCUGGCUCGUACGUUUGCUUUCAUCUGGGUUCUCAUUGGGCUCGUGAUUAUAUCAAUCUUUACCGCUACAGUCACAACGUCGCUCACCGCCAUAUCGCUUAGCAACGAAAUCAAACUGUAUGGAUCUGACGUAAGUAAAAUAGCUCCAAUUGAGAAUGGAAAUAUUUGAAAGGAAAUCGUCAAAUUUUGACCAGUUUGAUCCACGUACGUAACACUUACAACCACCUCAGUAGUAAACGGUGGUACUAUGGCGCACAGCCAAUCAGAGUAGAGUAUUUUGUACCAUAUGGUACUAAUGCACCAAUCAUAUGGAUUUUCCUCCAAGAUGGCCUCCAUAACUUGCAAUACUACUUGAAAGACCUGCUCAGUUGCUUUCGUUGAAAAGGUCAAAAAUUAGGGUUUUAUCCGCUGACUUAUCUACCUACUUACGCAGCAAAACGUGCUCUGUUUACCGGCGAAAUUUCUAUUAGGUUGUCGCUUUGAAGAACACAGAGGAGCAAAGGCUUGGUGUACGAAACAAUGCUAAAGUUACAGGUUGGUGACAAGAUUUCUCGUGUAAUAAAUUCACUGUGUUCGUUAACAAAGUAAGACACUUGCAUCUAAAAUCGCACCUGCCAGUCCAGAGGCAACUCUGCAGAUCCAUUUUUUUUCCAGGUUGAUAUCAUCCUUAUUCUAUGCUUUUAGAUUGGCCGUCACAUAUCGUGUUCAUUCGCAGAAAUGUUGUGACAGCCAUUAAUCAGAAGUGCAGUUAAAGUAUUUAACAAUGGAGCUUUACAUAUGUAUUCUGACAUUUCAGAACUAAACAGCGUCAGUGAACUCAAAGAUACUGUUAUAAACCAAGAACCAAAAGUUACUGGAGCGCUGCUAGAUAGUUAUGUCGCAGGCUACUGGGCUAAGGUAGCAGAAGACCCUGUUUUAAAGAACCCGGAUCUCCGCGUGGGGACUGUGCUCGAUCAUCAGUUUGCUUAUGGCUUCGUUAUCGCUGGUGCUUUGAAAGAGGCAGAAAAAUGUAUGAGGAAGAAGCUUAACAGCAUGGAAACCGAAAUAACGGGAAUCAUCCAAGAGCAGGCAAAAACUAUGGAGGUAAAUGUUUCACGCCUUUUAACUUGAACUCUUUUACAUUUGGUUUUUCCAUACUUCUUUGACAGUCAGAAGUUUGGGGAAGAAGUGCAUAUGAGAAUUAGUGUGUUGGACUCCAGUAAAAAUAAUUGGCUUGGUUACCUGGUUGUUGUUCUGGUAGGAGGCAGAGUUUCGUACCUUCGGGUAAAAAGCAUAACUCAUAAAGCGCCUCUUGCCGCCCAGGGGUUAGUUUCCAAACCGAUGUGGUGGAAGUGGGACAACUUUCAACGGGCUAAACAUCAGUUUAAGUGAAAUACACAACACUCUAAGCUGUCAGUACUUCAUCCUACAGACACAAAGACAAGAUCAGGUGGUGUGGGGCAAUAGGUUCCUUCGCCGCCUUGGUAUGUUUGUUGCCUACUGAUAAAUACUUCUUUUGCCAAUAGCUUAGCUAUUAGGAGGGAAGUUGUUACUCACGAGCUGAAAAACAAUUUGUGAACUCGGGAAGAACCACAACUCAAAGAAUAAAAAUAGAUUUGCUCAUGAGCACAUCACGUGAUGAUGGCCCUUUUCCUUGCUCUCCCAGCUUAGCGUUGAGUAUAUACUCAGGAUAAUCAACGCUUGAUGAAAAAAAUGUGCAUGAAAUUUGAAUUGUUUUUUUUACCAAAAAAUAAAAACUUUCAGGAACCAGGGGAGAGCGCAGCCGUGGAGAAAACAAACAAUCUAUUUGAUGCCAAAUCGCCAAUGUUCAGGAAAGCCAUCUACACUUGUAUCGGACUUGUAGGUGCGCUGACCAUAUGCGGGCUCAUUUGGGAGUUCCUAUAUUGGCGACCACGUCAGCCUAAAGAAGCAAAGACAGGUAAGAAGCUUUGAUUCAAUAAUACACUCUCACGCAUGGGGAGUUAUUAUUCUUGGCUGGAAAUCUCGCAAAGCAAUAUUACAGUGCAGCAGAAGGCAUCUUAAUCAAUACUUACUCAUGGAGUCGGACUGCUAUCGCAGCGAUACUGAUUUUAGCUUCCUAUGGUGGCUAAUUCUUUUGUUUUUUUUCUCAUUUUAUUUCAGAGGUUGAACGGAUCGUGACACCAGAAACCUCUUACGAAAACCUAGUGGCCAUGCAGUGUGCAGAAAUCGAGGAGGCCAUGAUGAAUGAGGUUCAACGAUUUUACAUCGCUUGGAACAAGAAACUGGAAGAACUGAAGCGCCGCAACGGACAGAGUCCAGGUGACGUGAAUGUAAUUGGUAUGGGGGUGAGUGGAGGCGACAUGAGAAGCAUGUGAUGAGAGCUGUGCGGGAACGACACGGUCAGCAUUAGCGAAGCAUUUAUUGACAACACUUUUCAUAGGCUACUGUUAGGAACUAUUAAUGGUCAGAGCAUGCGUAGAUCUGACGAACUUACGAGAUGAGCAUCGAAACCCGAAACUGAAGGACACUGUAGUUAACUGCAUUGAGGAUUUCUCCGCUACAAACAACCGAGUAGAAGAAUUUAGAACCUGUAUUAAACGAGUGACAUAAAUGCAAACGACGUUUGCCUCUAGACUUACAUCGCACCUUUAAACCAAACUAAGGAGUGUAAGCGUCUUUAUCCCAAGUCUCUCGUCAUUGUCAAUACUUUAAGCUAAUGCUGGACUUUUUAACAGGCCAGGAGCCUGUUACGUUCCCUACAUUGUAAAUAGUGUUCCAUUAUCACAUUUGCAGCCACUUCCUGCGUUACGUAAAGAACUGCCAACUUUUAUCUCAUAAUUUUGCUGAAACCUUUCGUAUUAUACAAAUGACCCGCCAAUCUCGAUAGCAUGAUAGCGAUUACGAGGCCGUAGGUCAAAGGUAAACUAACCUCUAUUAGCAGAGCUCUAAAUACCAGUGCUUUUAAAAAUAUUACAUAAAACAUUUCCAUAAGUUUUUGAGCUUAGAUGAAACACUAAAUUUUUUAGAUUCGUAAAAAGGUUAUCACCAUCAUUUAGUCAUUGUUAAAACAGUCUAUAUAGUGUUGGCAGAUAAGGAAUGGAGGGUAGAACCCCUAUCUCUCUUCCUGAGUUUAUAUUGUGCCGGUGGAGACCCCCCCUCCUUGUCUUUGAUCUCCACCACCUCCUUCCCGCCUUCCUCCCCCCCUCCACCCCCCUCGUUACCUGAAUUUCUGGAUGUGCCAAAGCUAUGUAUAUAACCAUGAAGAUUAUUAACAUAGGAAAGUAUUAAUGAUUUAAGCAGAUGACAAUGGACAUUGGAUAGGGCCACUGAUGAAGGAGCCUUUCGGGAAGACGUGAAUGUGUGCGUUCCUG